GAUGACAUUUAUUUUGUUUGUUGAUAAUGUUGAUAUUUCUCAUAGCGUGAUUAUUAGCAUUAAAAAUACUUCUCUAUUCAAUCAAUUUUAUUGACUGUUUAUACAAAGUUUGUAUUGUUUUUAUUUAUUAAGGAAGACUUUAAUUAAUAAACGAUGAGUUUCACCUUUGGAUCAACUACUACGACCUCCGGCGGGACUUUCGGAACAACCACCCCUAGCACUGGUUUCUCGUUUGGAAGUGGUGAUGCAUCUAAGCCCUUAUUUGGAUCUACCAAUAAUGAAAAUAAGCCAGCAUUCAACUUCACCAGUCCUACGAGCUCAUCUACAACAAACCCACCUGCUUUUGGUGGAUUCGCCUUUGGAGCUAAAACCACAGCAGCUACAUCUUCUCUGUUUGCAAGUCCAACGACGACAACUGCAAGCGCAACACCGACAUUUGGAAGUGCCAGUAAACCUGUCAGCUUCGGUGGCUUCCAGUCGCCGCCCAAUCAAACCGUCGGUAGUCCUGCCUUCGGGCAGCAAUCGGGACAGAAUGCGCCACAGAAUCUUUCAUUUGGGGCCCAACAACAGCCAACAGCAACACAAGCGAGUACGUCGUUCGGAACGGGCUCAUUCUCCUUCGGGAAGUCAGCAAUGAGCUUUUCGACGCCGACAUCUGGAUUUUCCGCACCACAGCCAGCUACCACUGCAACGACUUCCACAGCGCCACAAACAACCCAGUCCGGCUUCCUCGGUUCAACUACAACGACUAGCAACUUCGGCUCCACGCCGACCACGUCUGCCUUCGGCCAGACCUCGGCUUUCGGCGCUAAACCCUCGGCCUUCUCAUUCGGCGGUGGUAACACUACGCCAGCGUUUGGUGCCACGACUACUACUAGUGCAGCACCAGCUUUCGGUUCCACACCCGCAGCCUUUUCUUUACCUAGCCAACCGGCGUCCAUCCAACCUGCCACUCAGGCAACCAGCCUAUCCUUCUCGACACCGCCAACUCAGCAACAACAAACAGGUUUCAGUGCAGGAUUGAGCUUUGGCACCUCGCAACCGUCGACAUCAGCCCCUACGUUCGGAACUAGCACUCCUAGUUUCGGAACAACAACCUCUAGUUUCCAAGGUCCUGCAACUGGGCUUAGUUUUGGCACUACAGCCGCAACAACUGCCCAAACGCUUAGUUUCGGCACUACGCCAGCAUCGACCAGUCAAUCAACCGGGCUUAGUUUCGGUACUACCACAACAUCAAGUCAACCUGCGACGGGGCUUAGUUUUGGAACAACCUCUGCAGCGCCAACUAAUAGUACUGGACUCAGUUUCGGCACUCCAGCCACGUCAGCUCAAACUUCAACAGGGCUCGUUUCGACCGGGCUUAGUUUUGGCACAACACCAGCCACAACCACUCAAGCGACUAGUGGUGGGCUUAGUUUUGGUACAUCAACAGCAGCAACUACUCAAGUGACAAGUAGUCUUAGUUUCGGAGCAACUAGCGCUGGCACCGGGCUUAGUUUUGGAGCAAAACCAGCUGCAACUACGGCGGCUGCUACAUCAGCGUCGACCACAACUCCGUCUGGAAUUGCAGCAUUGGGAAAAAUUACAACAUCGGCAACUAUGCCUUCGUUAACAACUGUCACCACUACAGCAGCGCCGGCACCACCCGCCCAAAUAUCAUCAAUAAAUUUUGCUCAACUCGAAGAAAGUAUCAACAAAUGGACCAUCGAGUUGGAGGAACAAGAGAAGACGUUUAUCAACCAAGCGACGCAGAUCAACGCCUGGGACAGGCUGCUUAUUGCUAAUGGCGAGAAGAUAGUGGAACUAAAUGACGCAGUACAAACCGUGAAGAACGAACAACAGAGCUUGGAACACGAGUUGGACUUUGUACUGGCACAACAGAAAGAACUAGAAGAUCUACUCGCACCGCUCGAGAAGCAACUGCUAGAAGAUGCUGGAGACAGAUUGAGGGAUCCAGAAAGAGAACAUAUGUAUACAUUAGCGGAGAAUUUGGACACACAAUUACGCCAGAUGUCUGAAGACCUGAAAGAAGUCAUCGAACACUUGAAUGAAACAAACAGAAGCCAGGACAGUAAUGAUCCGAUCGUACAAAUAGGCCGUAUUCUCAACGCUCAUAUGUCAUCGAUGCAAUGGAUAGAUAACUCCAUAGCGCAAAUAUCAACAAAGCUGGAUCAACUCAAAGCCACACACGACACAUUGAGGAGAGACAACGAAAGAUCCUUCCAAUUGACAUAUAAUUAGUAACUGUUGAUAUUAGCAAAUAUAUUAGAAGCCACAAGUGAUUUAGAAUUGUCUAAAUGUUGAUUUGAUACUAUAGUCUGGUCAUUUGAAUAGACCUUUUGAUGAAUAAUUGUUAUUUUUAUAAUUUUGUCCUAUAACUGUACAUUUGUAUUAGAUGUCCAUUCGAAUUUAUAUUAAUACAUAUGUAAUCACCAGUUUUCACAAAUACUCGACAGAGACACUAGAAAUCAACAUGUAUAUAGUUUUAAUAAAAUUUAAUGAAAAUGCAAGCAAUCAAAUAAAUGGCCCGACCACAAGGCAUCACUUUUCAUUACCGAUUUAUUAUUAAUUCCAUUUAAUGAGUGUUUCUAUCAGAAUCUCAACAAAAUUUGACUACCUUUUCAUUAAGUUUUACUAAAACAUAUUGUAAACAUUUAUAAAAUGUCCAAGUACAUGUAAAGUCUUAUAUUAAAACUAUUUGUCAUAUAAUUUAUUGAUCACUUAAACUAUUUUAUCUGUGACUCGUUUAGUUGAUUCCUGAUGAAUUUUUUUUUUCCAAAAAUUUCAACACUACUAAAAUAGUAU